AUAAAUGACCGCUAUGAAUUUCCUUUACAACUUGAUCUUGAUAGAGAUGAUGGUAAAUAUUUGUCUCCCGAGGCAGACAGAAGUGUUCGUAAUCUUUAUACUCUUCAUAGUGUUCUGGUCCACAGUGGUGGGGUUCACGGUGGACACUACUAUGCUUAUAUUAGACCAACCCUCUCAGACCAAUGGUAUAAAUUUGAUGAUGAACGUGUUACAAAAGAAGACAUGAAAAGAGCACAAGAGGAGCAGUAUGGUGGUGAGGAAGAGUUGCCGCAAACAAAUCCCGGGUUUAACAAUUCUCCUUUCAAGUUUACCAAAUAUUCUAAUGCAUACAUGUUGGUGUAUAUACGCGAGUGUGAUAAGGACAAAAUAAUUUGUAAUGUUGAUGAGAAGGACAUUGCUGAACACCUAAGGAUAAGGUUGAAGAAAGAACAAGAAGAGAAGGAGCAUAAGAGAAAGGAAAAAGCAGAGGCACAUCUGUAUACUGUAAUAAAGGUUGCACGUUCCGAGGAUCUACAUCAACAGAUUGGGAAGCAUAUAUAUUUUGAUCUAGUAGAUCAUAAAAAAGUUCCUAGUUUCCGUAUUCAGAAACAGAUGCCUUUUAGCCUUUUCAAGGUACUUAUAUGUUUUUUCUGA